AUGUCUGUCCCGGCUCCUACUGGAUCUCCGUCGCUCGCAGACCACGCGCCUGUCCGCGCCGCCCUCCUCGGCAGCGGCCUGUUCGCGACCAACUCGUACCUGCCCUCUCUCGUCAACGUCCCCGGCUUUGAAAUCAGCACCGUCUGGAGCCGCAGUGAGAAGUCUGUGUCGGCUCUGGUGGCCAAGGCCGCCGAGCUUGGUGGCCUGCCGAACGUCGCGGACCUGCAGGCCAAGCACGGCGUCGAGGGCCUGAACGAGGUCCUUGCCGAUCCCGAGAUCAAGGCCGUCAUCCUCGUGCUGCCUAUUGGUGCCCAGCCCGGUCUUAUCCGCACGGCCUGGAAGGCGGGAAAGCACGUCAUCUCUGAGAAGCCGCUGGGACGUGAUGUGGCCGAGGCGACAUCGCUCAUUGACGAGUACGAGCGCGACUGGAAGCCCAAGGGACUCAUCUGGCGUGUUGCUGAAAACUACGCGCACGAGCCGUUCCUCCACUACGCGGCAUCAGUGCUGCGCACACCGGGUCUGGGCCCAGUCCUCUACUGGCGUCUGCACUUUGAGACGAUGCUCCCGGCAGGCGCGAGCUACCAUGCCACUCCAUGGCGCACCAUCCCGGACUACCAGGGCGGAUUCCUCCUCGACGGCGGCGUGCACUGGGCUGCGCUCCUGCGCACUGUUCUGCCCACGGCUUGCUGCCCCGUGUCUCUCACCGCGCACAAGAGCCUGCACCGCGCACACAUGCUGCCUCACGACACACUCGUCGGUCUCGCCCACCCGGCAACGGCCGCCACUGUCCAGCCUCACGGCGGCCCGACGCCGCCGCAAGCCGACAACAUGCCCAUGGCCCCCGGACAGAGUACCCCGCACGGCACGUUUGUCAUCUCGUGGGCUACUCCCGACACCCCGCGUGGCGGGCGCGUCCCCAACGAGCUGUACGUGGUGUGCGAGCAGGGCACCCUCCGCGUCGUCAGCCACGGUCGCGCCUGGACAGUGUCCCUCACCACUGCCGAGGGAAGCAACAUCGAGCCUGUCACCCGCGAAGGACCCGUCAGUGGCGUGCAGGUCGAGCUGGCCGACUUUGCGCGUGCCGUCGCCGCGAGGGUUGAGGGCAAGGAGGACCCGUCGCCCAACCAUGGCGAGCCACGGGCCGCCCUUUGGGACCUGUCGUUCAUCCAGGCCGCGCUGCUCAGUGAUGGAAAGGAGGUGGUCAUCGAUGGGCUUCACUAG